UCGUGUGUCAGGAGAAUGAAGGAAUCUGUGGCAAUCACUCUAAAUGCAUAAAUUCAAAUGGAAGUUACUAUUGUACGUGCCAAGACGGCUUUUCAUCUAAGUCAGGGAAGAACCGUUUUACAAAUGCAAGCUCUUCUGAUUGCAAUGAUAUAAAUGAGUGCACCGAAUACAAUCAAACUUGUGGUAACUACUCUAUCUGCACUAAUACCAAUGGGAGUUACUACUGUACGUGUCAAAAAGGGUUCAGGUCAACGUCUGGAGAACAUACCUUCACAGAUUCAAAAUAUUUUUGCAAUGAUAUAAAUGAGUGCACCGAAUACAAUCAAACUUGUGGUAACUACUCUAUCUGCACUAAUACCAAUGGAAGUUACUACUGUAUGUGUCAAAAAGGGUACAGGUCAACAUCUGGGGAACAUACCUUCACAGAUUCAAAAUAUUUUUGCAAAGAUAUAAAUGAGUGCAAGGAAUACAAUCAAACUUGUGGUAACUACUCUAUCUGCACUAAUACCAAUGGGAGUUACUACUGUACGUGUCAAAAAGGGUUCAGGUCGACGUCUGGGGAACAUACCUUCACAGAUUCAAAAUAUUUUUGCAAUGAUAUAAAUGAGUGCACCGAAUACAAUCAAACUUGUGGUAACUACUCUAUCUGCACUAAUACCAAUGGAAGUUACUACUGUAUGUGUCAAAAAGGGUACAGGUCAACAUCUGGGGAACAUACCUUCACAGAUUCAAAAUAUUUUUGCAAAGAUAUAAAUGAGUGCACCGAAUACAAUCAAACUUGUGGUAACUACUCUAACUGCACUAAUACCAAUGGGAGUUACUACUGUACGUGUCAAAAAGGGUUCAGGUCAACAUCUGGGGAAGAUACCUUCACAGAUUCAAAAUAUUUUUGCAAUGAUAUAAAUGAGUGCACCGAAUACAAUCAAACUUGUGGUAACUACUCUAUCUGCACUAAUACCAAAGGGAGUUACUACUGUACGUGUCAAAAAGGGUUCAGGACGAUGUCUGGGGAACAUACCUUCACAGAUUCAAAAUAUUUUUGCAGUGAUAUAAAUGAGUGCACCGAAUACAAUCAAACUUGUGGUAACUACUCUAACUGCACUAAUACCAAUGGGAGUUACUACUGUACGUGUCAAAAAGGGUUCAGGUCAACAUCUGGGGAAGAUUCCUUCACAGAUUCAAAAUAUUUUUGCAAUGAUAUAAAUGAGUGCACCGAAUACAAUCAAACUUGUGGAAACUAUUCUAUCUGCACUAAUACCAAUGGGAGUUACUACUGUACGUGUCAAAAAGGGUUCAGGACAACGUCUGGGGAACAUACCUUCACAGAUUCAAAAUAUUUUUGCAGUGAUAUAAAUGAGUGUACCGAAUACAAUCAAACUUGUGGUAACUACUCAACCUGCACCAAUACCAAUGGGAGUUACUACUGUACGUGUCAAAAAGGGUUCAGGUCGACAUCUGGGGAACAUACCUUCACAGAUUCAAAAUAUUUUUGCAAUGAUAUAAAUGAGUGCAAGGAAUACAAUGAAACUUGUGGUAACUACUCUAUCUGCACUAAUACCAAUGGGAGUUACUACUGUACGUGUCAAAAAGGGUUCAGGUCGACGUUUGGGGAACAUACCUUCACAGAUUCAAAAUAUUUUUGCAAUGAUAUAAAUGAGUGCACCGAAUACAAUCAAACUUGUGGUAACUACUCUAUCUGCACUAAUACCAAUGGGAGUUACUACUGUACGUGUCAAAAAGGGUUCAGGUCGCCAUCUGGGGAACAUACCUUCACAGAUUCAAAAUAUUUUUGCAAUGAUAUAAAUGAGUGCACUGAAUACAAUCAAACUUGUGGUAACUACUCUAUCUGCAAUAAUACCAAUGGGAGUUACUACUGUACGUGUCAAAAAGGGUUCAGGUCAACAUCUGGGGAAGAUACCUUCACAGAUUCAAAAUAUUUUUGCAAUGAUAUAAAUGAGUGCACCGAAUCCAAUCAAACUUGUGGUAACAACUCUAUCUGCACUAAUACCAUUGGGAGUUACUACUGUACGUGUCAAAAAGGAUUCAGGUCGACGUCUGGGAAACAUACCUUCACAGAUUCAAAAUAUUUUUGCAAUGAUAUAAAUGAGUGCACCGAAUACAAUCAAACUUGUGGUAACUACUCUAUCUGCACUAAUACCAAAGGAAGUUACUACUGUACGUGUCAAAAUGGGUUCAGGUUGACAUCUGGGGAACACACCUUCACAGAUUCAAAAUCAUCUUUUUGCAAUGAUACAGAUGAGUGCUCAGAAAAUAAAACCAUCUGUGGUAAUCACUCCAACUGUACCAAUACAAUUGGAAGCUUCAACUGUAAGUGCCAUCUAGGAUAUAGGGCGCUGUCGACAGAAGAUGCAAGUUCCUCAGUUUGCAGUGGCAUGUCCUGCCAAUGCUGUCUUGAAUCUCAGGAUCCAGGUAAUCGACAAUGUUCCUUUGGAAACCUUCAAUUAAACAAUGAAACCCAGGGCCUAAUUAAUGACAUCGCAACUCUGAAUUUUAAUGAUACACAUACCGAGGAGAAGAAAGCUGAGGCCGUAACAAAGAUAGCCAUAUUUCUGAAGAAAACAGAAGAAAGCGUAUUUGAGAAUGUGAUAUCAAGACUGGCCCUGGGCACAAAUGAAACAAAAGAAAAGAAAAUAAACUUCCACACAAAGAAUACUGAUAUUGUUGCUCAGGCAUUACCACUGACCUCACUGAACAGUACAGAAAUUGAACACACACUGUAUCUAACCACAGGAAAUAUCACAAUGGCUAUUAACAUUGAAGAAUUAAUUAAUGGGACUGAACCAGGCAAAACCCCUGUUGCUAUGUUGAUGGUACACCAUUCAUCUGGCAUUAAAUCCAUACUUUCUGCUGGUAAUGAGACUGACUAUGACUCACCAUAUAAAUAUAUGGUGAAUUCAAAAAUAGUCAGUGCAAAAACUUCAAGCAAGAGGAAGAAUAACCUCACACAUCCUAUUGUUUUCACAUUUGACGUAAAAAAGGUUGAAGAAGAUAAUGAGGGAGAACUUAAAUGUGCCUUUUUGGAAACUGAUGGCAACAAUAAAACGAAUAUUGAUGAAGUGAUUGCUAAUGUGGAAUGA